UGGUACAUUUGGACAUUAUGGAGAAACAGCCGGCACAAGUGCCAGUUAUUGAUAAGAAUUAUUUACAACUGCUUGUUUCGUUCUGCAAAUACGCACAUUUUCAGAAUCCUCCGAACGAUAAUGAUCCGCAUCACUGGGACAUUGGUCUUUAUUUAACCGGAACAGAUAUUUAUGGCUAUACAGAAGUACCACUAUUUGGUAUUCAGAAGUACCUACAAUUGAAUAGUGGCCUUAAAGGGGCAUCCAUUGGCAAUGGCGUAUGCGACUCACUUGUAUCAUGCGCGAUAGUAGAAUUCCAUGCGUCUGAAGUCAUUUCCUUGGGUUUAAGAUCAUCUUCUUAUGCUGUUCAUGAGAUUGGACAUCUUUUAGGAUUGGAUCACGACACGGGAAGCACAUACAUCAUGUCAGAAUACGAUAGCACUAAAACUCUGAUGGUAUGGUCUCCGAAAAGUCGUAACGAAAUAAAAGGACUCUGGGAAAGAAAAGAAUGUCUUCGAGACCAUACGAAACCCGAAAGGCGCGGUGACCCAUAUCUAUUCGAUAGCUUGAUUCAUUAUGAUUUACCCGGAAGAGAAUGGACUGCCAAAGCACAAUGUGAAGUAUCUUUGCGCGACAAAGAUGCGAACGUUGUCACGUUACAUGAUAUAUGUAAAUAUUUACAAUGCGAAACCCCUCACAAGAAUACAUAUUAUUUCAUGGGACCUGCGCUAGCUGGAACUCAUUGCGCUCUUGGCAUGGAAUGUCGUGACGGAAAAUGCGUACCCGUUAUCGAACCGCCAUACAUUUUUAAGUAUUGUGAAGACGAUAACUGGAGUGAAUGGAAGGAAGACUCCUGUAAAAGCAGUUGUAUCAAAAAAUUCAUAGGUGUAUUAGUCAAACGACGUUUUUGUAAACAUCAGAAUCGCAGAACAGCGAAUUGCAUUGGACCAUAUUACGAUGCAUUGGACCAGAUUACGAAACGUGGUUCUGUGCGAUGAUUCUUCACUAUGCAGUGGAAAACGCAAGACGAUCGCCGAAUUUACUGCCAUGAAAUGCGCCGAAUUGAACCGUCUCAUGCACGUCUUUAGACUGGAAAUGAAACCGGGAUUGCAGGCUCGUCAUGAAGCCAGUGAGCCGUGGAAAGCCUGUACUAUACAUUGUGUAAUAAAGAAUUAUCAUAAUCAUUACGCGCCACGCUCAGAAAUGCUCAACUAUGGUCUCAGUCCAUAUUUUCCCGAUGGAACGUGGUGUCACAAAGAAGAUAGUCAAGAUUAUUAUUGCCGCCAGCAUCACUGUCUGCCGCAUAACUGCUCAUUGUAAGAGAAUUGGGCGGGACAUUAUCUACUCACACGGAAGAU